AUGGGCAUGGCAAUUCAGGAGAGCGCGCUAGAACGGAUCCACAGAUGCAGGACAUGCCGCGAGGCUGUAGAGGCAGCGGCUGGCUCGGGGGAUGUGGAGGUUGACCAGGAGGUGGCGCGGGCGGCGGCCGCCUCCCUGCCGCCGCCCUCCGAGGUAGCCGCCGCCUGCCAGUUCACGCGGCUGCCCAUUCGGUUCGACAGCCUGCAGGCCGAGGUGAAUGCCAUGGCGCUGUUCCACCUCCUGCAGUUUGGCUCUGGCUUCGACAGCCUGCUGCUGACCAAGAUGGGCAGAGACGCCCGCGAGGUGGUGCAGUAUGGGCUGCUGGGCAUGCUGGUGCACGGCGCGCCGCUGGAGAGCCGCCAGUGGAUGGCUGCCUUUGCCGCCGACCAGGCCUUUGCUUUCUUCAACAUCGACAGCACAGGCGAGCGGGCUGGGCAGGGCCCGCUGGGCGCCUUCACCUCCCUGCUGCGAGAGGCGGUGAGCGAGACGGGCAAGGCCUUAGCCCAGUCAGGGCACGCCAGCCUGGGGGCGCUCAUCCUGGCGCAGCUGGACCGUCAGGCGGCGGCGGGGCAGCCGCCCUCGGCGGCGGCGCUGGUGGCGGCGCUGGCGGAGGCGGUGCCCGUCUUUGACGACGCCGGGCUGUACCGCGGCAAGCAGGUCUAUUUCUACCGCAAGGCGCAGCUGCUGGCGGCGCAGCUGCACCUGCGCUUCCGCGGUGCCGACCCGCGCUUCCGCUUUGCCGACAUGGAGCAGCUGGCUGUGAACUCUG